AUGACGACUAACUGGGCCGCCGAAUUGGCCAAUAUCGCCGAAUUUUUCGACCUUCCACAGUUUCGCAAAAAACCGGCAGACUACAGUAACCGUAGGUUUUUCGUGGCGAGACCAGGGAUUUUUCGAGUUUGCAUGCACUUUCCGUGCACUUUUGCAACGUGGAAUAGUUAUUCUUGAGUCUCUUGGAACUGUCUGACUUCUCUGCGCUCUCUUUUUUUGCGUGCUAUUCUCAUUUUCUAUGAGUUUGAGGGAGAAGGAGACGCAGUCAGGUCAGACAAUUUUAAGUCUUACCAAAUAAGGUAGGAAAUUUUUCAAAGAAGGGCGUGAAAAAUUCUUAAAAACUGAAAAAGAGCUUCUUUCAACUUUAAUCGGUACAGAAAAUUUUUUUUGAAAAAAAUUAUCCCUUUCCAAAAAAAUUCGUAUUUUUUUCUCCAAUUUUUGAUAUUUUUUUAAUAGUUUUUUUAGAAGAAAAUAUCUAAGUUUGAAACUACUUUUUCCUUUUUUUCAUUAAAAUUUUUCCAGCUUUUUUUCAUUUUUUUCUAAGCGCCAUCAUCUGAAAAAAACAGAAUCAUAAAGCUGGAAAUAAAUUUCGAAAACUUGAAUUUUGAGCCAAACAAAUUCGAGUAGUUUACGCUCCACUGAUAAAUUAAGCGCCCCCUCUUUCCCACUUCUUUUAACGUUUCAGUAAUUGUAUUAGGAAAAUGUCAGGUUUUUGAAGCUUCUGAGAAAGAUGCAUGUACGCUCCAUGGAUAAAAUGGCCAUUUUUUGCUGAUUUCUUUAGACCGUUUUUCUGACGUCAGUUUCAUAAAGAAAAUCGGCCUUGAAUAAAAAAAUUUUCGAUUUGAAAAACUCGAUAUUUGUCAAAUAUCUUUUAAAACUCUUCAAAAAUGAAAAUAUGGCCUCUUUUUGAAUAUAAUGAGUCACUGUGAAUUAAAAAACGGUGCACAUGGAAUGGCUAAAAGCGUAAAGUGCAACCGACCCAAAGCGACUUGCGCCUUCCAGGAACUCAAUGUCAGAAACAAGUUGAAGAAGUUUUGAACCAACUUUUUUUCAAUUUCAACUAGAGUCAUUCUACCUGCGGCUAGAAAAAGAAGUAUAGCGAUGAUUCAUUUCAAUUUUCAGUGGCGGUCUUCCCGAUCAUCUCGCCGUACGAGUUCCAACACCUGAAAAAUGCCCGAGACCAUCUUCCCAAGCACGAAUAUGGCGCCUACGAGUGUGAACUGCCCAUGGAAACGGCGAAAAAUGUUCAGCCGACUAAAAGGAGCAAGGAAAAGGUUCGGAAUCGGGCCUUUUUGGAGGCAUACGGACAGUGAAAAGUCUUUAACAUUCUAUAAUCAUAGAUAUAACGGGAAAGUUCCUUCGAGACCUUCAGAAGGAGCUGAAAAGGUUCCGCUAAGCCCUAAAAAUAAUGGGAGAAGGUGUUUUAAGGCCCUUUUUUAUUGCCUCACAGGAUUUUUUUUGGAUCUUUUUUUGAUUUUCUUUCCAGCAUCUUUUCGAUAAAAGAUGCGAAAAAUUCUCUUUUUCUUACCUAGGAUUUAACAAAAUCUAUUAAUUUUUACCACCCCCCUCACGUCGUUUCAAAAAGAGGUUUUUUUAUAAUUUCAAGAAAGUCGUCGGAAUCUUACAUAAAGCUUCAUUAUACAUAUGUUUUGCUUGAAAUACCUUUUUAACUGCUUUUGCGGCUUUAAAGGAAGAAUCUCAGGAUUUUAGACAGUGAAAGGACUAUUUUUGAAAAUGCAUACUGAGAAAAUUUGAAAAAAACCGUAUACUUUUGAUGCUAAUUUCGCUUCAAGACCUGUUUCCAUUCUGAAGCGUCUCGAAGCGAAAGCGCAAAAAAGACUGGGAUUACGGUAGCUUUUUUUCUGCGGUUCUUUUUAAGAAAAAGUCCUUUUUGCGCAUAGUGUGCCUAAAAAAAGUUGGACUUCUUCAAUUGUCUCUAAAAAGGCAACUGAAAUCGAGAAUUUGCUCGAAUAUAUGUUGAAAGUUCUUCUAGAAAAGCAGAGUAAAAGUAGCCAAAUCAUAUAUCAAACGACGAUCUUUCCAGUAGUACACUCUAUUUCAAUAAAUCUUCUCUCUGUAUCAAAAAAAAGAGCAAAAAGGCCGUAUUUCCCACCCUAAAAAUUUUUUUUUCGGUCCAGAAUGCCGAUUACUGUCAAGACGCGCAGCUGCAGCAGGAGCACGACAAGAAACAGCGUCGAAACCGGACGACUUUCACCACUUUCCAGCUUCACGAGCUCGAGACGGCCUUCGAGAAAUGUCACUAUCCUGAUGUCUAUUCCAGAGAAGCUCUGGCCAACAAGGUCAAGCUGGCCGAAGUUCGAGUCCAGGUGAGGAUUUUUGAAAGUUUUCCGGAGAGGGAAAUCAACUGAGAAACGCCAGAGGGACCUCUAGAGAGGAGUUAGGUGAACAAAAUGGUGCUCCCUAAAGUCUAAGUAGUCCCUAUAGGGAUUAUGAGUCUGACCAUUAAGCUCUUUAAGCUUGAGUGGUCCCUAUAGUGGUCUUUUGUUUUUUUUCGAGUCUGAAAGUUAAAAAGACGUAUAGGACCACUAGUAUACUCUUUUCCUUACUUUGACCACUAAAGUGGCCACUUUCGCAAGUUUUAGUGACCCCUAUAGAGGAAGGCAAGGGGAUCCUAAGAAGGGGACAAAACAUUAAUAAUAAACCGGAAAUCUGAGAAAAGCUCAAAUUUUUUUUUCGAAAAAACCAAAUUUUUGAGAUUUUUGACAUCAUACUUUUUCAUUAGUUCAAUGAAAUUUUUCAUCAUUUAAAAAAAAUCCUUAUGAAAAAAAUUAUAUUUUCAAGCUUUUUCUACCAACAUUUCAAACUAUUCGAAUUUUAAUGAUACUGCGAAAAAAAAGACGAAAAUAAUGGAACGCUUUUCGAUUAACCCAUGGUAGAAUUGCUAGUAUUUUUGUGGGUUUUGGCCAGAAUUUUUUUCAUUUUAUAUUUGGUUUUUUUCGGAGGGAUAUGCAUAUAGAAAAGUUUUAUAGUCGCGAAAAUGUGGAAAAAAAUUUGAUUUUCAUGUAGUUUCUGAGUUUUUAUGGUUUUGAAGUGGAUUUUAUCGAAUAAAAUUGAAUUUCGAGUUGAAAAAUUUUUGAAAUUGAAUAGGAGUAAAGUUGGAUUUCUAGGUCAGCCGUUCGAUUUUUUUCACAAUUGAUUUUUUAAAUUUUAUGGAGGGUUUUCGAAUUUUUUCUACCAAAGUUUCGUCUUUAGUUCUCAUUUUUUCGAGAAUUCGCUUGAAUUUUAUGAAAAAAGGGCUUUUUUGGAUUUUUGACUCAUCCGGGCAUGUAUUGGGAGACUUUUUUUCAUUUCUUUUUCCGAGAAAAAAAAAUUUUUUUGAUUUUUUUAUUAUCAAAAAGUCAGUUCAGGAGAAGAAAUUGGCCGAUUUACGCUUCAAAAAAAUUUUUUUCUUGAUUUUUCUUCCGAGUUAUCCAACACAGAAAUUUUUAAAAAAACGGAAAUAUAUAUUACAUAUAAGUUCAAAAAUUAUGUUGUAGAAUAUUCUUCCCGUAUCAAUACACACUUAUAAGCUCGAAAGUUGCUCAUUUCGGGCUCGGCGAGCAUUUAAUCGGUGCAGCUCCGCGCAAGAGUUCUACGGUGACAUUUCAGAAACCCGCCGGGGCAAUUAGUUCAUCAUCACGUUUCAGUUGAACUAAUUAGGCCCGAUUAAGUGAUUAGUGAUAGAGAAAGGAAGGUUACGGUGGUGGGAAUAUUUCUAAAUGUUUGACUUUACCUUUUAUAGCGAGGUCGGGACUAGAAACGAUUUUUUUUUUUCCUUAUCAAUUGAUUUUGAUGAGUCGGCUCCAGCUUUUCACGAUUUUUUGGUUCCUUCGAGCUACAGAACCCUUCCAGAAAUCUUCCUUUCGAUGCGCGUGGCCGACUUGUAUGUCAGCGCCUUUGAUAUAGCGGAAUUUCUGGCAUAACUAAAGGCGCAUCGACAGGAACAGGCCGCGCUUUUCUUAUGGAAGGUUCCCGAAAAGGUUCUGUAGCUCAGAGAGGCUGAAAUUUGCUUUGCAAAAAAAAACGAUUUGCGCGCUUCGGCAUCGGUUAGCCUUGAAACCACAACUCGAACCGCAACGCGUUGAGCAGCUCUCAAAAACCCUGGUCACACUUAGAAAAUCUAAUCAAAAUACUAUCACCCGACUUAAUACGACUUGCGCUCUUUUGCAUCGGCGGACGUCAACUUGAAGCGUAACGCGCUCGUAGAUUAUUUGAGCGCAUAAUAAGAAAGUGCACCCGACUUGAAACGAUUUGCGCGCUUCAGUAUAGCCUUGAAACUGCAACUCGAACCGCAACGCGUUGAGCCAUUCUCAAAAAACCCUAGUCGCACUUAGAAAAUCUAAUCAAAGUACUAUCACCCGACUUAAUAAGACUUGCGCUCUUUUGCAUCGGCGGACGUCAACUUGAAACGUAACGUGCUCGUAGAUUAGUUGAGCGCAUAGCAAGAAAGUGCACCCGACUAGAAACGGUUUGCGCGCUUCGGCAUCGGUUAGCCUUGAAACUACAACUCGAACCGCAACGCUUUGAGCCAUUCUCAAAAACUCUGGUCGCACUUCGAACAUUUAAUCAUGAUACUAUCAAAUUGCACCCGACUUGAAACGACUUGCGCUUUUUUAAAUAGGGUAGCGCCAACUUGAAACGUAACGCGCGUGGUUUAGUUGAGCGCAUAAUAAGAAGGUGCACCCGACUCGAAACGAUUUGCGCGCUCCGGCAUAGCCUUGAAACUGCAACUCGAACCGCAACGCGUUGAGCCAUUCUCAAAAAACCCUGGUCGCACCUCGCACAGCUAAGCAAAAUUCUAUCGAAUUGCACCCGACUUGAAACGCCUUGCGCCCUUGGGCAUCAAUUAGUCUUCACAUUUAAUUUUUAACUGCAACACGUUGAGCCAUUCUCAAUGCGGCCAGAACCAUUCAACUUCUAACGGAUGAAGUAUAACAGAGAGUUAUCGUUUGAAGUUCAUUUUGAGUAAAGAUUCCCGAUCAAACCCAUCCGAAAACCUGCCUUUUCGCCUUGUGAGGAAUGCACUUUGUCGACAAAAGGCCAGCCUCAUUGUGUUUUUGUGUGCAGCCGGUAAUCCCCUAAUAACAUACAACCGUCGGGACAACGCUACAGUAAUCUGAGAAGUCGGCGGAGGGCCCAUUAGCGCCGGCGCGCGGAUUCUUAUCUCGGUUUUCCGGCAGAACUUGAGGGAUUUUCGGAUCUUUUUUUGAGCUCUAAAAAAUGUUAAGGUUUUUAGAACGUCUGAGUGAUCCUUUAAGGGGCAACCAAGCCCUGAAGGUUCCCCUCUAGGGGCCACCUUACCUCAGAGCCCUAAAGUGACCACUCUGAAGGAGAACGCUUUUGGUUCCUACACGUCUUUUUGACUAUCAAAUCAUAAAAAAAAAUCAAAAGAUCACUGCAGGGACCACUUGAGGAUCAGAGCCAUAAGCCCUAAGUUUUAACCCUCUAGGGACCACUAUUUUUAAAAGGCCAUUUUUAAGCCUAAACUUGGAAUCUGCGUAUUAAAUUGAUUCUAAUAGCCUAGAUCUCACUCAAAAAUCCCAACUGCCGAAAAAAUCGAUAACUUGAAAUCUCACAAUUCCUUGUACCUUUGAAACAUCAAAAAGAACCAAUUAUGAGACAAAAGUCAUCGUAAUCCAAUUCAAAAGCGCCUUCUGCUGGAGAAAGGUGCUGGUUAAGACGACAAAACUGGGGGCAAGGUGGCCGGUUUCCUGAAAUCCGAACCCGAAAGCAAUUUAUCGACGUCUCCUGCCAGUAAAUCCCACCCGCGCAAUUGUCUCCCAAAACGUCAACAGCAAUUAACCAGGCCAUUUAAGGGAUGUCGGGAGGAUUUUUGAGCGAAGAUUGAUUUUUAUCGAUAGGGCGGAAAAGCUCCAUGAAAUAAGCCGUUUUGAGUGAAAAAAUCGACAAAGAUCAGUUUUAUCAAUAGAGCGGACAAGCUUCAUAAUGUCAGCCGUUUUUAGUGUAAAUUGUCAAAGAAGAUAAGUUUCAUCAAUAGGGCGAACAAGCUUCAGAAAAUGAGCCGUUUUGAUGGAAAACCCAUGGGAAAUUGAAUUUUAUCAUUAGAGCGAAUAAGCUCCAUAGGAAGAGCCUUUUUGAGAAAAACUCAAAAAAGAUUAUAUUUAUCGAUAGAGCGCACAAGCUUCAUAAUAUGAGCCGGUUUGAGUGAAAAUUGUCGAGGGAAAUCAGUUUUAUCAUUAGAGCGAACAAGCUUCAUAAAAUGAGCCGUUCUGAAAGAAAAAUCGUUGAAAAAUUGUUUUUUAUCAUUAGAGCGAAUAAGCUUCGAAAAAUGAGCGGUCUCGAGAGAAAUUCGAUGGAAAAUUGGUUUUUAUCACUGGGGCGAAAAAGCUUCAUAAUAUCAGCCGUUUUGAGUGAAAAUUCGAGGAAAAAUUGGUUUUAUCAAUAGAGCGAGCAAGCUUCAGAAAAAUGAGCCGAUUUGAGAGAAAAUCGAUGGAGAGUUGAUUUUUAUCACUGGAGCGAACAAGCUCUAUAGAAAAAGCCGUUUUGAGUUAAAAAUGUCGAAGAAAAUUAAUUUUUAUCACUAGAGCGAACAAGCUCCAAAAAAUGAGCCGUUUUGAAAAAAAAGCUUCAGAAAAUAAGCCAUAGGAUUGGUAUUUUGGUUCCCAGAUCCAUAACUAAAAUGCCAAUUUUUCGACCCAGGAAUUCUUUAAAAAAGAAGCUGAUUGCUGUUAUCAACAGAGCAAAUUUGCGUUUUUAAAUCUGGCCAUUUUGUCAAAAAUCAAAAAAUUGCAUUUUUCUGAUGCUGAUUUUUCGCAUUUUUGAUUUUUCAUGGGCAAAAGAGCAUAUGACAGCUUUGAAAAUUUUUUUCGUGAUGACUUUGGUUUGAUCAGAAUUUUCCAGGUUUGGUUCCAAAACCGGCGCGCCAAGUUCCGACGUCAGGAAAAGUCGGAAAACCAGGGCGAGAGCCAACUUCGGAACGUGCAAGUUCCUUCAUGGUAAGACGACUUUCCAAAAAUGGCGAUGACGUCACAGCCGAGUCACGUGCGACGCGGCUGUCGCGUCACGAGUAAAGGGCAACUUUUGAGCUUCUCGCUAGUUGAUAAGUUUCUAGGAAAGUUUAGGUUGAGUUUUUUUUUUUGGGGGGACUUCAAUUUUUUACAGAAAGUACAGGAAACUUCGUUGAUUAUAACUGUUUUGAAAAAAACCCCCGGAAAUUGAUGCAAAAUCUGUAAAAACGGCCUUUUUUGACUUUUCUAACGGAAUAGAAGAUGAAAAUUAGAAGAAUUUUACAGAGAAGUUUCAUUUUUUAAAAUUUGAUUACUUGUUACCAGUCUUCUGUAUGUUACAGCAAAACAUCGAACUCAACCGGCAACCAAAAAAACUUGUUUUCUGAAUAAGAGUUCUUCCAAUUCCAGGUCCUGGGUGAACUCCUCGAUGGACUCGAUGCGUCGUCCGUUGAUGCCGUCGCCCCCGACGAACCAAAUGACGCCGCUUCAGUCGCGAUGUGCCCCGCCGAUCCUGACGCCCCACUCGCACGCCGGCGAGAUGACCUACGACGCGAGAUUCGACGUGCCGCGGGCGGCUGACGACGUCGUCGGCGACGUCAACAACGAUUCCGAGGCUUCCAUGAAGUUCGACGAGGAGUUCGCCAAGUUCCACAAGCAGUUCGCCUGCGACGGCGUCGAGGUCAAGCCGGAGUUGGCGGCGGAAGACGUCGAGAAGGAGACGACGGCCGUCGAACAUCUCCAGUCGGCCGUCCACAGCUUCGAGAUGAUGAAGAAGAUGCCGGCGACGUUGCCGCCGCCGACGCCUUCUGCCAUGUCGUUCUUCGGCGACGGGUUCACUCAGCCCAACUUCUUCCCCUACUUUCCGGCCACCUAUCCAGGCUUCCCGGCUAUGGGACAUGGUUAGUACCUUUUCAGAGACCCUCGGAAAAAAGACCUGAAAAAGUAAAAUAGUCCAUUCUAUCCUAUGCUAAUAAAAACAGUUGAAAUCACGAAAUUUUCGAAUUGUUCAGAAUUUUGACUAGUGUUCUGUGAAGGCUGAUCAAUCAAAAAUGGUUUCUAAAAGCUCAACUUCUUAGGAACGCCAAAGUGAUCCCUAUAGGGGCCACUUGUGCAAGCUCUAGCGCCUAGGAAGAGGUAUCGUGGUUCUUAGAGGGGAUCCUUCAAGGGCCCUAAGUUUGCCCCUAUAGGGACCGCUCUGAAGACCCCAAGUUUAGCCGGCCAAAAUUACUUGCUGGGUGGCUUAAAGGAGCAUAGCCCAGCUUCAUUAAAUUUCUCGAAGCGAAAAAAAUUUUUUGAGCCAUUUUCAGCCGCGUUGAACUUCCAAUAACGAAGGUUUUCCAUCUGACAAAAUAAAUAUUAUUUCAAAACAAUUUUUUUAAUUAACGAUCGAUUUUUCAAGUACUCUUUAUUAAAAUAGUAUUUCCAGAAAGCUAAAAGAUCAAUUUUCUUUGCACCAGACAACUCUACGAUUCAGGUCACCAAGGCAACUGAAUCAGAGUUUCAAAUUAGCGCGACGCAUCCCGAAAAACGCCCGAUAAUUGGCCGAGAGCCAAGAUUAGCUUGAGGCGGGGAAAUUUACGCAGCGUAAAUGGGUUUCCAAAAUUUUAUGUUUAUUGGAUAUUUCUAGUGUUGAAGGUUCGCAUAUCCAUGAUAAAUUUCAAGUUUACUGGUUUUUUACUCAUUUACGCUGCGUUAGGGCAGUUAGCCGAUUUACGGUUAGGUCUUAGGAACCCCAGAGUGAUCCCUAUAGGGGCAACCUAAGGGGACCGUAAAAGUUAUAGGGGUCACUUUAGCUACCCUUAGGGGGCCACUCAAGCUUUCAGAAGGGACCACUUUAGGGAUGCAUGCUAAUGUAAAUCCUAGAGUGCGUCUUAUUGACUUUAAGUCAGAGCAAAACUAAAAUUUGAAGGACCCUAUAAGAGCCACUUGAACUUUAAGGGCCCAGGGUCAGGCUAUAAACUUUUUGCCUAUAGAAGACACUUUCUUGUCUCUGAGAGUGGCGGUUUUUCCCCCUAACCCCUAUAGGGGUCAAACGAAAAGAGGCGUGGCCUGUCUGCGCCCUCUACUAACUAUAUACUAUUUCUCCUGUUAUCGUGUCAAUACUAUUUUUGACGCCUCAAGCCAGUUCCCUAACCUCUAGAAUUUCCAUUCAAAGCGUGCUUUUUCCAGGAUUCGGAAGCGCCCUACCGAUGCCACCGUACCCCGCCUUCCCAUAUCCGAAUCCCUUCGAGACCCACGCCAACGCCGCCGACCACUGCUGA